AUGCCAAUUCCCUUUAUUACUUCAAAUAUCAGUAAUAAUGAAGAAGAAUUAAAUCAUUUAAUACGUGAAGAGAGAUCUUAUAAUAUAGCAAACUUAGAAGCUGAAUUACAACACAAUAUACCUUUAUUAAAUAAUAAUCAAC